AUGGACCCAAGCUAUAACACGAACCAACCGCCUCAGGUCCGUAUGUUUGACUGGACAGUGGAACGCAAAGACUUGGCGCCGGAUGGUGUGACGCGCCUCAUGUACACGAUUAAUGGCGAGUUUCCAGGCCCCACGAUCGAGGCCACGGAAGGCGAUACGGUUGUGGUACGUGUACGCAAUCAUAUCUACGAUGAAUAUACGGUGCCACCCGCCCGCAUGUCCUCCAAGCUGGAGGAUGUGCAUCCCGAAGGAACAGACCGUAAGUUCUCUUUCCAUUGGCAUGGGCUAUCGAUGCGUGGCCAACAAGUGAUGGACGGUGCCUCCGCCUUCACGUCGUGUGCACUGAAACCAGGUGACGAGAAAGAAUACCGAUUUCAAGUGACGAAGGAAGAUGUGGGUACACAUUGGUACCACUCGCAUCUUGGUACGUCACGCGCGGAUGGAUUGUGGGGCAUGCUCAUUGUGCAUGCCCGUAGUGAUGAGCAAAGCACUAUAAAAACGUAUGUCCCUGCAUCUUCAGUGACAUGGGAUGAGGAUGUGGCGAUUGCCUUGGGUGAUCACUUUCACGAUAUGAGCCCUGUGAGCCUCGGUAUGUACGUCUCGCGCUGGCUCCAAAAGGCAGAACCUGUCCCUGAGAAUGCCCUGAUCAAUGGCAAGAAUGUAUUUUCGUGUAUGCACGCGAACUUAUCCGGCGUACCUUGCCCUGCUGGUGACAAAGACCAAGUCGGCUCGUACUCCCACUUCCAUUUCGAUGCGGACAAGACGUACCGUCUUCGCUUGGUCAAUGUCGGCUCCCUGGCCGACAUUACUUUUAGUGUGGACGAACAUGUGAUGACAGUCAUUGAGGCGGACGGUACACUAGUAGAACCGAUCCAGGUCCACCGCAUUCCCAUUGCUCCAGGCCAGCGUUACUCGGUAAUCCUUCAUCGGGCUUCAAAACGACCCUCUAAGAAUGUAUGGAUGCGCGCCGUCAUGUCAGCCGACUGUUUCCAGUACACCAACCCUGUGAUGGAAUUUGAAGGCAAAGCUAUCGUGUCUUACGACCGUAUACCUACGAAAUGGAAAGGCGCUGGUGGAUGGCUGGCACCGCUGCGACAGCGAAGCAACCGCCGAGCUCUUGCGGCGUAUAUGUACGACAAGCGAAAAGGGCCGCUCUCUUUGCCGACAACACGCGCAUGGAGCCCGAAUGUGACAGACGAUGCGAUCCCAACAGAGCCCUGCCAUGAUUUGGAAUCAGACAAGCUUGUUCCCUUGAUUCCUGAUCCCGCGCCGCCACUGCGUCUAGACCAAGGCGAUCGACGAGAGGUGGUGUAUGUUACAGUGCCCAUCCUGGAGAAGUACGGGAUUGUGCCGAUGGGCUUUAUGAACAGCUCGACAUGGCGCCCCUAUGGCCAGCGUGGUCCUGGUCGUCAGCCGCUACUACACCGUUUAUCGCAUGCCAACUCCACGAGUCUCGAGGACUGGCAACGCUACGAUGUGUACGACCCAGGCCAUGAGCUUGUGGUGCCGACGCACCCUAGCAAGCCUGUCGUGUUUGAGCUGGUGAUCAACAACCAGGACGACUCGCCACACCCUUUCCAUCUGCAUGGCCACAAGUUCUGGGUCAUGCAAACAGGCGAAAUGGAUCCUCGCUUUGGUGGCUACGACUACUAUGAAGAUCUGGGUCAGCAGUACCAACUGGACCGGCUCAUGAAGCGCGACACGGUAGUCGUCCCGAUGAUGGGCCAUGCUGUCAUCCGAUGGGUGGCGGACAACCCUGGUGUAUGGGCUUUCCACUGCCAUAUGCUGGUCCACCUCGCGAGCGGUAUGGCCAUGGCCAUUGUCGAGCAGGCGGCAGUCCUCCAAGCACAACCUCCAGUACCGCUUACAUGUACGUAA